UAUUGUUUUAUUUACUUUCAUCUAGAUCAAUAGACUCUUUCAAUAUAUUUAUCUUUUGAUGUCAUUCUCUGAUAAUUUCCUCUCGUCAAUUCUUGGAUUAAAGAAAGUAGCAAUUAAAUAUUAAAUGUCAAAUUUUAUUAAAACAAUUACGUACAAAGAUAAUGUUGAUUUGUGGAAGAAUAAGAAAUAUCUUAUAAAAGAGGCAUUUAAAUCAAUGGAUACAGAUUCAGAUGGUUAUUUAGAUUAUCAAGAAGCUAAAACGGCUAUGAAAGCUUUAGGAUUGACAGUAAAUAAGUCUUUUGUUUUGUCAGUUAUUCGCAUGUAUGAUAAACGUGGUGACAAUAAAAUUAGUUUCGAUGAUUUUUAUUAUGUUGUAUUUGAAAAGUUAAAAAUACAAGAUCCUAUUGAUCAUGUUAAAUAUGCAUUCAAGAUAUUUACUGCAGAAUCUUCGAUUGAAAAAAUCAGAUUGGAAGAUUUACAAAGAAUUAAUAGUAAAAUUGAUUCUAAUCUGACGCUUGAUGAGAUGAAGCUUAUGAUCAAAGAAUUUGAUAAAAAUGAGGAUGAUUCUAGUAAAACCAUUAUAUUAUAUAUCCUUUUUAUAAAAUUUAUCAAUUAAAAAAAUCUAAACAAUUUAUGGAGUUAAAAAUCUUCUACAUUAUUUUUAUUUUUC